CAUGGCCUGGUUGGUUUGCAACCGAAUCUAGGCAAUCCGUUCCAAUUGCACUGAGUACCGCUCGAGAAUUGCCCUGUCUGGCAACCCUUGCAGAAAAGCGCAGGGAGAACACAUUCGGAAACUUAAAGCGUCGUCCUUUGACAAGUUGUUUGGUGAGCCGCCUUUGUUCCCUCCUCACGACCUCCGCUUUUCCUCAACAAAUAUCUCGGGCGACACCAUGGCAGAAUCAAGGGAGGAAAAUGUGUACCUGGCAAAACUUGCAGAGCAGGCGGAGAGAUAUGAUGAGAUGGUUGAGGCCAUGGAGAAGGUUGCGAAGACCGUCAGUGUAGAAGAACUUACGGUCGAGGAGAGGAAUCUUCUUUCAGUUGCCUACAAGAAUGUCAUCGGGGCCAGGCGUGCUUCAUGGAGAAUUGUGUCCUCAAUUGAGCAGAAGGAGGAGAGCAAAGGAAACGAGGACCAUGUAAAGUUGAUCAAGGAGUACAGGGCCAAAAUUGAAAGCGAACUUUCACACAUCUGUGAGGGGAUCUUGAACCUGCUUGAUGAACAUCUGAUCCCGUCAUCAACAACUGGGGAGUCUAAGGUGUUCUACCUCAAGAUGAAGGGUGAUUACCACCGAUACUUGGCCGAGUUCAAGACAGGCGCAGAGAGGAAAGAGGCUGCUGAGAGCACGCUUCUUGCCUACAAGUCUGCACAGGAGAUCGCUUUGGUUGACCUUGCCCCGACCCACCCCAUCCGCCUUGGACUCGCCCUCAACUUCUCGGUCUUCUACUAUGAGAUUCUGAACUCCCCUGAAAGAGCAUGCUCGCUGGCUAAGCAGGCGUUUGAUGAGGCAAUUGCUGAGCUGGACACCCUAGGGGAGGAGUCGUACAAGGACAGCACUCUCAUCAUGCAAUUGUUGAGGGACAACUUGACAUUGUGGACAUCAGAUAUGCAGGAUGAUCAAGGAGAGGAGGGGAAGCAAGAUGACGGCACAAAGGUGGAAGAUGCCGACGAAAGUUGAGGAAAGCAUUGUAGUAGCUUCUAUCAUAUGUUACAAUAUUGUCCGACAGUGUUAAGGCUAGGGGCUUGCACAUCUGAUGAAGGCAGAUUUGCAAGCUCAAAGGGAUGCUUUUGCUUCUGUGUUGGCAAAAGUUCACAGCAAGGUUUGGGGGUCAGAAGUCGUUGACUUGGGUUGUGUGCCAGGUCAUGGAGUGACAGUGAAAAGCGUGGGUUGACCUGUUGGAAGCCUGGAAAAGUACACUGUAUUCAGCAUGUUCAGAAACGUGUGACCCUGAUAUAAUCUGACAUUUAUUGGUGGUCCUGCCAAUGCCCUCAAGGUGAUGAGAUGUUUUGAGCUUGACGCAUCAAUCAGGCAGGCUCGCCUUGGGAUUCAAGGUAUUUGGCAAUCUGUUACACCAUGUCGGAGGCUGCACUGCGUAGAUUUUCA